AUGAGCAGAGAUGCAAAUGCAGCCCAAUCAGAAGCUUAUUGGGCAAAUCAAGCCGCAGCCCAAAAUCGUCACUUCUGCUAUGUACGACCAAAUGCCAAUGGCGGUGAUGAUGCUCCAGCUAUCAUGGAUGCGCUGAACAACAGGUGCAAUUCCAACAGCUUUGUUAUAUUUCCCGGCCCUGUUUACAACAUUCAGACCAACAUGACCACUUUAGAUCUCCAGAAUGUUGUCAUCCAUCAAUUUGGCCGCUUCCUCUGGAGUACAGACAUCGACUAUUGGCUCUCAGUAUCUAUGCCCGUUGGUUUCCAAAACCAGAGUACGGUCUGGUAUUUUGGAGGCAACAAUGUGAUUUGGGAUGGCUGGGGCGUCGGUACUCUCGAUGGCAACGGCCAAGUAUGGUACGACUGGGCUAAGAGCCAAGGAAAUUUGGCUCAUAGGCCAAUGAACAUCAACUUCCGCACUCUCACAAACUCGGUUAUCAGAAGAUUGCGCUUUGUCCAGAGUCAGAUGUGGACAAUGGCGAUUACCUACUCGAAACACGUAGAUCUAGACGACAUCUACGUCAAUAGCACGUCGACAAGCCAAUGGAGCACGCUCAACACUGAUGGCUGCGAUACCAUCUUCUCUGAUAGCAUAACGUUCAGGAGAUGGACAAUCUCCAAUGGUGACGAUGCCAUCGCUCUCAAGAUGAACUCGAGUAACAUUGCUGUUUACGACAGCUAUUUCGAGAAUGGCCAGGGUUUUGCCAUUGGAUCUAUGGGGCAAUAUAAUAACCAGUAUGAGUACCUGGAGAACUUUUAUGCCAGAAACAUCACUCUCAAAAAUACUGCUCACGUUUCUUACCUAAAGACAUGGGCGGGAAUCUCGCGAGGUUACCCUCCAAACGGCGGCGGUGGCGGAUACGGUGUCGCUCGAAACAUUACGAUUGAGAACGUUAAGCUGAUUGGCGGAAGGCAGCAGCCCUUCUUCGCUUGGCAAUGCGAGAACUAUUCCGGAUUCGCUGGUCAAGAUUGCGAUUCUUCCUUGUUUAAGAUGGAGGACGUCGCAUGGAGGAACGUUAGCGGAACAGUCGUUUCUGGAGUGACAGAGGCAGUAUAUUUCCAAUGCAGCGCUGCAGCCGGUGGCUGUGACAACUUCGAAGUGACGGGGUUUGAUGUUGUUCAUGCGGGCACCAACCAGUUGUUGUCUGUCUGGGACUGCUUCAACGUCAAUAACCCUCAAGGGUUUACAUGCACUGAAUCGCAAACCCCAAAAUUGGGCCCGGAUGAGACUGGAGGCCACGGUCCCGAUAACAAAUAA